GACUCAGUCUCACAAAAUAGGAAUUUCGGCUGCACACGGUUUUUUCCCCACCGAGGGCAGACAGAUAGACAGAUAACGCCAAGACGACGUUUUUGUCCCUGGUGAAUAAGAGACAGACAGCUGUGCGCCCUGUUGUGAAGAUGUGGCGUCUGCCGUUAGGUCUGAGGCUGAACUUGGUGCUGCUUUUGUGGGCUUGGGUAGCAGAGAGCAGCCCCGGGCCGGUGGGAGACAUUGUCGUGGACAGAUAUUCAGUCCCGAAAAGGUGUAGAAGAGAAGUUAAAGAUGGGGAUUUUGUCCGGUAUCACUACAACGCCACUUUUACCGACGGGAAGCAGUUUGACUCGAGCUAUCAGCGGGGGGCACCGUUCUUCGGGGUGGUUGGACAAGGUCGACAGCUUGCAGGAGUGGACAAAGGGAUUGUGGGUAUGUGCAUCAAUGAACGCCGGAAGAUUACAGUGCCCCCACACCUGGCCUACGGCGGCCAGGGAGCAGGUGACACCAUUCCUCCUGACACGACGCUGGUGUUUGACCUGCACCUGCUGGACGUCUUCAACAGAGCAGACAAGGUGCAGACGCGGGUCAUCAAAAGCAGCAAAAACUGCUCGCGCUCAGUGAUGAGGACAGACUUUGUGCGCUUCCACUUUAAUGGCAGCCUGUUGGACGGCAGCGCGUUUGACUCCAGCUACGAGCGCUCACAGACACAGGACAGUGUUGUGGGGGAAGGCUGGCUGAUUAAAGGUCUGGAGGAGGGGCUGCUGGGGAUGUGUGUGGGAGAAAUCAGAAACUUCAUCAUCCCCCCGUUCCUCGCAUUCGGAGAGAAAGGAUACGGUAAAGAAAUCCCUCCUCAUGCCACAGUAGUGUAUGACAUCCUGCUCGAGGACCUGCACAACACUAAGGACGACAUCACUGUGGAAAUCCAGGAAGUGCCAGAGCCCUGCACUCGGAAAUCCGUCACUGGAGACUACAUCCGCUACCACUACAACGGCACCUUCCUCAACGGGGUCACCUUCGACACCAGCUACCAGCGUAACAGCACAUACAACACAUACAUCGGGCUGGGCUAUGUGAUCUCGGGUAUGGAUAAGGGUCUGCAGGGUGUGUGUGUGGGGGAGAGGAGGAGGAUCACCAUACCCCCUCAUCUAGCAUACGGACAACAAGGAGCAGGUAAGGACAUCCCAGGUUCUGCUGUCGUGGUGUUCGAUGUCCACGUGAUCGACUUCCACAACCCGAAAGAUCCAGUGCAGGUGGACGUCACGUUCAAACCAGAGCCGUGUAACGAGACCAGCGAGGUUAACGACUUCAUCCAGUACCACUACAACUGCUCUCUACUGGACGGCACCCUGCUCUUCACAUCGAGUGAUUACGGCGUUCCACAAGACGUGGUGCUGGGGGCGGAUAAAGUGAUUGACGGGCUGGAUGAGGGUCUGAGGGGCAUGUGUGUGGGCGAGCGAAGGACCAUCAUAGUGCCACCGCAUCUUGGUCACGGAGAGAGAGGAGGGGGAGAUGUUCCGGGCAGUGCUGUGCUGCAGUUCGAGGUAGAACUGGUGUCCAUACAGAAGGGCGUUCCUGAGGGCUAUCUGUUCGUAUGGCUGAAGGACAAUCCAGCUGAGCUCUUCCAGGCUAUGGACAUGAACCAGGACAAAGAGGUCCCCCUGGAGGAGUUCUCAGAGUUCAUCAAGCAGCAGGUUGCAGAGGGCAAGGGGCGUCUAAAGCCGGCUCAAGACCCCGAGGUCGUCAUCGGCGACAUGUUUAAAAACCAGGACCGGAAUAAAGACGGCCGCAUCACCACAGAAGAGCUGAAGCUAAAAGUGGAGGAAGACGCAGAGAAAGAAAACCAGCACGAUGAGCUCUGAGAGAGAGACAUUCGGAGAAUGAAAGUAACUCAAACAGGCAUUUAAAUACACACAACUGCAGGCAAAAGGUGACCGAGUGAAAUUAUUAAUAAAAAAAACUGAAGAAUAAAUGAUUCCAGUCAGUCAUAGAGAACAACUCUCAGAGAACUAAAAGAACUCAGGUUUUGCAAUUUUUGCUGCGGUAAAAAAGAACCUUCACACCAAAGUGUAUUUGCACUGUAAGCUUUUAUUAUUAUUUUUGAAACAAGAAAAUAAUGUGCCCUUUUCUGUAUUUCAUUCAUGUGGGAAGGAUAUGAUAUUUGUAUGUUGCUGGAUUUGGUUAUUCUUACUAAUGGUAUAUUUUGUCUUUUUUGAUAAUGGUGAUUGAGUAUGAUGACAUGUGGAAACAAUUUUUGUAUGAAAUGCAAUUUUCUUCUGCUGUUUCAACCAGUAAAACGUUUUAAAAUA